AGAGUGAAGCCACGUCGGAUAGCUAACCUUUAUUGUGCUGCACACUAUUAAAACCACGCUGAUAAAAUGUUGUUCCAAUAACAACACAAACUCUAUGCGACCACAGUUCUCUACCCUCAGUUGCUAGGCCCUUUAUGAACGCGGCCACAGAAGCCAACUGAUAGCUUGAUAUCAGCUGCAAGGACGCCCACAUAAAUGCUAGCCCCUGUCAAAACAAAGAUGAAUGACAACAUUGAGUGAGUAGACAGCUUCUGGUUGUACCACAUCAUGACUACGAGUGCUGGAGGAAUGAAGCUGAGCCACUCCCCUCACCAGACCUGCAGCGAGACGAGCACACAGAUCUUGUCCGCUCUUCGCUAUUUGUAAAGGACGCCCCCGGGUCCAGUAAGCUUGCGAGGACCCGAUCACCACCCGCUGAAAUGCAGCAUGGUGCAAAGGAAGCGGAUGUGCAGCUAGUUUGCGGUGCCCAGCAGAUCUGUGAGUGGCACAUCUUUGCAACCUAACAAAGCUUUGGGCGUCUAUUAAUGGAGGAGGAAUAUCUGGGCUCUCCUUGCGUGGAUUUGACGGCGCCUUUGCGUGACUCGUGGAACUCUAAAGAUCGCCAGCAUUUGAACGGGGAGGCUAAUUCCAAGGAGGAGCAUGUCGACGAGUGGGAGGAGACGAUAUGGCUGCCGCGAACACUGAACUGCACAACCGCCGCCGCCGCGCUCUCCUUCGCCACGGUGCAGUGGGAGAUCCCUGACGCCGCCGCAGAGAGGCGGCCUUUGGCAGCAGACGGCAGCGCGACCUGCGAGCCCGACUCUGUUACUUCUUGUUUGCCGUUGCCCAAACCUCAUGAUGAUGAGGAGGAGGAAGUGGAUCGGAGAGAGGAACAAAAUGGCUCUGACUCAUCAGUGAACUCCAAGUGUGUGGGAAAAGACUUCGAGCCAUGUGAUGCUGCAGUCGGACCAGAGCCGAUGACACAACAAAGGAAACAUUCAACACAUCAGCCCCGCCUGAGCAGCCACGACGGUACGCAUCGUGCAAAGGAUUAUUUCAUAAUUGCAUCCGCCGCGCUGAAGUCUGAUUCCGAGGAAGAGGGGGAAGACUGCAUCACAUCCAAUGCGGUUGCAAUAGUGGAUUUACGCCCAGAAGAACCACGGGAUGAUGCGCUGAUGACUGGAUGUGCCGAUUCAGCAGGAGACAACCAAACUUCAUUUCAAGGCGGAAAGAUGGCGGAAAGGAGCAAAAAGUGUCCUGAUGAGUGCGUCACCAACCCUGUUAACGUGGAGGUCCCUACACCACCACAAAAAACUGACAAUAAGGGACCAACUUGUGAGCUUACUAAGGACGUACGUCCUGCGGUAGCCACAAGUCAAAGAGCUUCAGUUCCUGGAGGUGAUUAUGCCGAGAUAUUAGAAACAUCUGUAGAGAUACAGACAGAACCAAGUAAGUCCUCACAGAACUUCGGACUGCCAGAGCAGACCCAAACAAACAAUACAGCUUACUGUGAAGGCUCAGUCCACGUGGGACAGCUGCAUGGAUUAUUUGAGGAAAAGGUUUCAAUUCUGCCUGUGGACUCUGAAGCGCAGCAGGAGGAGAACCGAACAGCUCAGCAAGCAUCAUCUUUGCCCCAGCACAAAGGUCCUGCAGAGGCCAAAACGUCACACGAGGCCCAGGAGGUCAAAGGCGUUCUUAAUGGAUCCGUAACGGUACUUAUGGCAAGCGAGGAGACAAGCAGAAGGUCAGAGGAAGCGACGCCUUACAUGAAUGGCGGCGACGUGGACAGAGAGAGGGUGUGUUGCCUCGCCCAACGCCUAUUUAAGCUGGAUGGGAUCCAGCGAGUGGAUGUGGUGAAGCACCUUGACAAAGAUAAUGCCUUCAGUCAUGCGGUUGGAGAGGAAUACCUCAAGUUCUUUGAUUUCACCGGGCAAACUCUGGAUCAAGCCCUGAGGUCUUUUUUAAAAGUGGUCAUCCUGCUAGGAGAGACCCAGGAGAGGGAGCGGGUGCUGCAGCACUUCGCCGGCCGCUUCCAUCAGUGCAACCCGGACUCCUUCUUCUCGCGAGAGUCUGUGUUGGCUCUCACGUGCGCUCUCAUGCUCCUCAACACAGACUUGCAUGGACAGAAUGUUGGAAAAGCCAUGUCCUCUUCCAAGUUUGUGUCCAACCUAGAUGGGAUGAACAAUGGAGAGAACUUCAGCAAAGAUCAACUGAAAUGUCUGUACAACUCCAUCAAGAGCGAGCCAUUGCAGUGGGCGGUUGACGAGGAGGAGCUGACGUUGGCGUUGACCGGGGAGGACGCACCCUUGCGGUCUAAGAGCAACCCCUUCCAGGACGUUCCCCAUGACAAGGCGGCGCCGGUAGUCAAGCAGGGCUUCCUUCAGAGGAAGAUCCAUGCCGACAUCGACGGGAAGCGCACCCCUUGGGGUAAAAGGCGCUGGAAGACAUUCUACGGCGUGUUGAAAGGAAUGGUCCUUUACUUGCAGAAGGAUCACAGUAGGAAGGAGCAGCAGGCUAACGAGGAGGUGGUGAGUGUACAUCACUCGCUGGCCGAGCCAGCGGUCGACUACACAAAGAAGCCGUAUGUGUUCCGUCUGCAGACGGCCGACUGGAGGGUUUUCCUUUUUCAAGCUUCAUCCAAAAUGGAGAUGAUGUCGUGGAUCAACCGCGUUAACCUGGUAUCCGCUCUCCACUCCUCUCCUCCGUUCCCUGCUGCCGUCGGCUCCCAGAGGAGGUUUUGCAGGCCGAUCCUGCCCGCCUCGCAAUCCGCUCACACUCUGGAGCGCCAGCUGCAGUCUCACACCAGAAUGCUGGAGUCCUUCAAAGCUGACCUAUCGCAUCUCCAGGAGAACCUGCCGGAGGGCAGAAAGGGCAGAGGAAAGGAGAUGGAGGAGCAUCGUACCAGAGCGGAGUACCUGCAGCACGAGAUCUGUCGGUACGAGAGCUACUCAUGUGUGCUGCUGGCCUGGAAGAGCGUCCAGAAGACUAGCGACGGCGGCGCUUUGAUCACCGCCGCCCUCGGCGUGUUUGACAAAGCCAUGUGCGCGUCCCCUCUGGUUGAGAAGGACGAUGAGGAACAAUGCCGUCUGACCAAAUCACACUCCAGCCCCUCCCUGGAGCUGGAGAUGACGCCGCCCAGCACCAUCAAAGUCAAGCGCAACAUUUCAGAAAGGUGGACUUACCGUAGGACCGUCACGCCUCGGCUGAAUAAGGACGCAUGACAGCAAUUUUGCAAGUAAUUCCUGAAAUGCUUUGAUAGCUAAUCCCGACCACACCUUUUUGUGUUUACCUCGUGCACUUUGACAAACACAAUUAAUCUCAGGAAUUCCCGAAUUCUCUCAGGAUGUGGAAGAACCUGAUAUUUCAUUUGUUGAGUGACCAAAAAUAUGUGGACCUGAUAGACACCUUUUUUAUUGUCACUUUGUGCUGUGUAGAAAUAGUCAAACAUGCCUACCUGGUUUGUGACCACUAGGGGACGCUGGAGUACCGGACACCUUGAAGCCAAUAAGGUCGUUAUUGCACUUUGUCAUUUUUUUAAAUAAGUGUGUUAUUCCUAUGAAGGGUUUAUUUUGUACAUGUUUUAAAUGUGUCCAGUACUAAAGGUGUGUUUCAUUUUUUUAAUAUUAAUUUUAAACACCAAACAAGUCAGAAUAUCUGCUGUGGAAAGGCUCCAGCCUCAAAAUGUGUCAAAAGAAAUACCGUACAAUGAAGGACUGAUCUUUAUUUCACGUAAGAUUUUUUUCACCAAUAAAUUAAAAGGCUCUUGUAAUA